CUGGGUGUGUGACAACAUUUGGGUGAAUUGCGCAACGAGGAGUGGAGCUGGGGAAAAAAACAACCGUGGAUUGGGACAGCAGGAAGAGUUCGCGGGUGGAGGAGUGAUUCAACGCGCUGACUUUUCCAUUCCCCCCCCCAGGGCCGGGCAGCAGCUGCACACCUGGACCACGGAACGGCACGGCACGGCACGGCAGCGGGUAUAACGGUGAGUGAGGAGAGGACGGUGGCGUGUAGACAGCGUGUGAAGAAGACGCAGGCUGUGCGGAGGAGCUGGCGGUUGUGCUGGAGUCCCUCCGAGUCUGAAAAGGUGAGUUUUUUUUCUUUUUUUUGUGAUUUUAAAAAGUCUCGUUUCAACCUGCGGACUGAGCGACGUCACGCUCCGGUGCCUAUGAUACUGUCGACCUACCUGGGGCGGAAACCGUUCAAAAGGGUUGUUCACCGAAGCUUGUCAUUUGGGAUUUCGUCCACUGUUCGUAACGAAGACGCUCAGGAAAACAAAUCAUAAAGUUCCCGUGUGUUGACGGCGACGUCGACGCAUUUACGGCGCUGAAGAAGUUGGGGUAAAAUGGGACAAUGACAUGCAAAACAGAAGCCUAACAAAAUCCCAUGUAACAGUCCUAAAUCACGUUUGUAAUAUUUCAAGAUGGACCGAUAUGGUCGGCGGUACGGUGCCACAAUUUGACUAUGUAGCCUACCCUUUUCCCCCUUUUUUUUUUUUUUUUAACUUUUUGUAGUAAUUUGUAGCACGUACUACGAUUGUGAUUGUUUGACCCGUUUUCUUACAUGGGUGCUUGUUUUGAAGGGUUUUUCUUAAAUAGUUUUGAUCUUAUAUUAAAUGAUAUUUGCUAUUGGGUUUGAUAUGUCCAAGCUGUCUGGUUUUACAGAUAAACAGGCAGCAUGGGUGAGGCACCGGUCACAGAAGGUGAUACUACAGUGAUUCGAUCCGCAGAGUAUGUGGGUUCAUUUCCUGUGGAUGACUGCUGCUUGGAUGAUCAGAUAGAGCAACUGCACACUCAGCUGAGGUCCCUUAAAACAUGCAAAAGAAGCAGACCUGUGUCCCUGAAAUUCUCCAUCAAAGGUGUGAAAAUGUAUGACGAGGAUGAAACGACACUCCUGAUGGCUCACGCUUUGCGUAGAGUCUCUCUGUCCACCGCCCGGCCUAUUGAUGCCCAGUUUGCCUUCGUCUCCCACAACCCAGGCAGCACGGACGCCCAGCUGUACUGCCAUGUCUUUCGAGCCAGGCAUGCCAGAGCGGCCCAGUUCCUAAACCUGCUCCUUUGCCGCUGUUUCCAGCUGUCUUACUUGGAGAAGCACCCAGAGGAGGCCCUGGAAGACUCCGUUGGCUCGAUGCCUCGUCGCAACCCCUCCCUGCUUAACCACGGCUUCCCUCUCAGUGUUAGUGCCCUGGUGUCCUUCAGAAGAGCCCCUUUUCAAGGGUUGUUGCCAGGCACUAAGAAGAAUCAAAAGUCUCCCGAUGACCUGCACAGCAGCCAAGAUGCAGUCUUCCCCACCUCCUCCCCCUCCCUGGUGCGCAAGGAAGCCAUCCGCAAUAAAGUGCUGCGCUCUGGGGCUUUCCGCUCCUUUACUUUCACACCACACAAACAGCGCAGCGUUCAGGAGCGGCUGAGUGCGUCACAAGAAAAGGACAGAGACAAGCCACAGGUGAAGAGAUCCCGUGCUCCAAGCUUGGCCGAAACAGAAGAAGCUCUGGCUCAAGCGGUGUGGUGUUGGGCUGGUAUCGCAGCUGACCACAGCUUUUCCCUGCUUGCAGACGAUGUUUUGGGAUCGUACCUCCUGUGCCCACAUCCUAAAAAACCCAAAUGUGGCUCACUCAUCAUUCGCUUCCCCUCUGGCCUGAAAACCUACCUCAUCGAACACACAAGUAAAGGGAAAUUAGUGCUGGAGAAAUGCAAGACCGAAUUCAGUUCCAUAGUAGAACUGAUCGAACACUAUACAGAGAAUUGGGAUGAGCUGGCCUGUCUGCUGAGCUGUGCCCGGGUAAACCACUGUUACGAGUGGGAGGAAAAUACCAGCAAACAGCAGGCUGGAAAGCCACACAAAAGCCAGAACAAAGCCAACAUUAAAAGUACCCCCAGAAAGGACUGGGUUUAAACCCAUGACACUGGACCUUGUGGAUUGCCAACCUCAGAAUAAGUGACAACUUUUUACUUUUUAUUUUGCACAUAUAUCCUCCCCCUUUAAAUCCUAUUUGGUGUUUUUGUUUUUGGGAGGCUUUACAAACUGUAUAACACAAUGCACCUAUUAACAGUUUUGGCACUUAAUGUAAUCAAAGGGUACUUAUUUGUAAAAGUGUAAUAUUUUGUGCUUGCUGCUUUCUUUGGUAUUUUUUUUUUUUUUUUUUUUAGAAUCUUUAAAAAAAAAUUUUUUUAAUUGUGUCUUGAGGGCAUCUGAGGAGUUUGUGUUUUUUAACAUGUGAAA